AUGGACUCGUCUAAGACCCUGUCCACUGUGCUCGUACAGAAACGGAUAUAUGUGCUUCUUGCGCUAGUAGUAAUCACUUUGCUCGCACUAUCAAGACCCUUUGGUGGUUCGAGUACGUAUGGCAUCCGGUCGGCAAGAUAUUUGAAUGCCCUUCCACCCCGAGAGGCAGCAGCCAACGAAACAUUAGGAUUCCAGAAAAUCCUAGCCUUAUCACCUCGUCCCAGUUGGCGAACUCGUGGACUAGACUCAGCCGGCCGAAGUGUCGGUCUCCAGUUCACUUACCCGACACAGGCCAAAAACCCGGCAGACUUGGUAACAGCCUUCUCAGAAAUUGGCAAAAGUUCAGGGAAAACUGCUCCUGCUAGAGGAUCUGCAACGGCAUGGCUUUACCACAUAGAUCUCUUGAAGUACUUCAUCAUGAGCGGACUCGAGAGUGCGCUUAUUGUUGAGGACGAUGUAGACUUCGACAUGAAACUCAAGGACCAGAUUCGUCUUGCUUCGGACAAUAUCAGAGCAUACACAGAAGUUCCUGUGACCGACAGUUCAGCUUAUGGCACAAAUUGGGACAUUCUCUGGCUCGGUCACUGCGGCACUGCGAUGGAACCGAAUAACCCGGGACAAAGAUAUCUUGACGAAUCAAGAUGCAAGACUGAACUAUAUUCUGGCUGGUCGAAGCAUUUUCUCCGCGAUCACCUCGAAGAGGGCCAUCGAAUUGUUCAAUGGGCAGGCUCAAUGACCAUUUGUACAUUUGGUUACGGUGUACACAAGCAUUCCGCGCAAAAGAUACUGAAUAUUGUGGCAAGCGGCGCCGAUGAGGCUUUUGAUGUGGCUUUGUCGCAUGCAUGUGGAACCGGUGCCCUAAGAUGUCUUGUGGUGAACCCCCAGAUUAUGAAUCACUAUGAGCCACCCAAAGACACUGGAUAUUUAAGCCCUGUGCACGUUGGUGAUGGACAGGGAGAAUCUGCUGAUGAGUCGCGUUUUGAGAAGAGCAUGGGUACGACAGGAAACAUCAUGAACAGCGCCAGAUGUCAAACACUGUUCGGACAGACGUGUAUGCGUCCGGCUUCUGAGAUAUAG